GGCAAAUAUUGGGCAAAAGCAGAUGUGUAAACAAGAGACAAGAGGAGUGAAAGAGACAGCUCAGGGAAACAGCUGGUGGGAGUCCAGAGACGGCCUGGGAAGAUCGAGAGACAGCACAGCUACAAGGAGACAGCUCAGGGAAAAAGCUAGGGGGGGUCAGAGACAGCCCAGGGAAGCUCUAAAUAAAUAUAUUACAGGAAACAAUAGCACAUGGAGGGUGGGAGGAGAAUGUAUUGUAAAGGAAACUAGGGAGAUUAUAUGGCAGCACAGCACAUAGGGAGGGACUGAGACUGCAGAUUCAGAAAAAAAAGACAGCAAAGGAGAGAGACAGCAGAAUCAGAAAAUCAACACAGGAGAGAGACAGCAGAAUCAGAAAAUCAACACAGGAGAGAGACAGCAGAACCAGAAAAUCAACACAGGAGAGACAGCAGGAUCAGAAAAUCAACACAGGAGAGACAGCAAAAACCAGAAAAUCAACACAAGAGAGAGACAGCAGGAUCAGAAAAUCAACACAGGAUAGACAGCAAAAACCAGAAAAUCAACACAAGAGAGAGACAGCAGGAUCAGAAAAUCAACACAGGAGAGAGACAGCAGAACCAGAAAAUCAACACAGGAGAGACCCCAAUUACAGCAGAAAAAACACAUAGAAUAAACUCAGAGAUCAGACAGCACAGGAGAGAGACUGCUGAUUUAAGUGUGAGAUCAGACAGCACAGGAGAGAGACUGCUGAUUUAAGUGUGAGAUCAGACAACACAGGAGAGAGACUGCUUAUGUAAGUGUGAGAUCAGACAGCACAGGAGAGAGACUGCUGAUUUAAGUGUGAGAUCAGACAGCACAGGAGAGAGACUGCUUAUGUAAGUGUGAGAUCAGACAGCACAGGAGAUUAGAGCUAAGCACCCUGGUACAAUAGAAGGAUAACUGCUAGAAGAAGCUGUGCAAACAGAUUAGGAGGGCUGUGAGGGCUAACACAGAGAGAUAACACUAUAGAUAAGGGCAGCAAUGGGGCCAUAGAUGAGACAGUCAGCAAAAUAACAGGAAAAGGACACUGCUCCUUGGAAAUACAAAAUGAAACUGCUAAUGCAGAGAGACGCUCACUGAAGUGAUAACCCAAGAGACUGCCAGUGUCUGUAGACAACGAUGGGACAGCAGAAGGUGAGAUGUCUCUUUAUUGACCAGACUGACUAUCUCAUCAUUAGUCAGUUUCACGUUUUGUUCUAUUCACUUUGUCUUUUAUUACGAUUCAUUCUCUUCAUAUUUCUCAAUUGAAUAGAUUUCUUUUUAUCCCAUUAUUUUCCAUUUCUCGAUUUAUUUUGAUUUUAACGUCCUUUUUUCACUAUUCCCUUGUCUUUCUCCCACAUUCCUCAUUGAUUACUAUGGGCCCUCUCCCUCCAAAACAAGUGAUGGUAAUAAUGUACAGAAUCGUAUGGGAAGCUCAUUCCGGUAAGGAAUGGGUUAAUGGAGUGUUGCUGCAGGGCUGUCAGGCUAGGAAUAGGUUAAUGGAGUGUUGCUGCAGGAAUGUCAGGCUAGGAAUGGGUUAGUGGAGUGUUGCUGCAGGGCUGUCAGGCUAGGAAUGGGUUAAUGGAGUGUUGCUGCAGGGCUGUCAGACUAGGAAUGGGUUAAUGGAGAGCUGCUGCAGGGCUGUCACGCUUGUAAUGGGUUAAUGGAGUGUUGCUGAAGGACUGUCAGGCUAGGAAUGGGUUAAUGGAGAGCUGCUGCAGGGCUGUCAGGCUUGUAAUGGGUUAAUGGAGUGUUGCUGCAGGACUGUCAGGCUAUGAAUGGGUUAAUGGAGAGAGCUGCUGCAGGGCUGUCAGGCUAGGAAUGGGUUAGUGGAGUGUUGCUGCAGGACUGUCAGGCUAGGAAUGGGUUAGUGGAGUGUUGCUGCAGGACUGUCAGGCUAGGAAUGGGUUAAUGGAGUGUUGCUGCAGGACUGUCAGGCUUGUAGUGGGUUAAUGGAGUGUUGCUGCAGGAUUGUCAGGCUACGAAUGGGUUAAUGGAGAGCUGCUGCGGGGCUGUCAGGCUAGGAAUGGGUUAGUGGAGUGUUGCUGCAGGACUGUCAGGCUAGGAAUGGGUUAGUGGAGUGUUGCUGCAGGACUGUCAGGCUAGGAAUGGGUUAGUGGAGUGUUGCUGAAGGACUGUCAGGCUAGGAAUGGGUUAGUGGAGUGUUGCUGCAGGACUGUCAGGCUAGGAAUGGGUUAGUGGAGUGUUGCUGCAGGACUGUCAGGCUAGGAAUGGGUUAGUGGAGUGUUGCUGCAGGACUGUCAGGCUAGGAAUGGGUUAGUGGAGUGUUGCUGCAGGACUGUCAGGCUAGGAAUGGGUUAGUGGAGUGUUGCUGCAGGACUGUCAGGCUAGGAAUGGGUUGCUGCAGGACUGUCCAGUUAGGAAUGGGUUAAUGGAGAGCUGCUGCAGGGCUGUCAGACUAGAAAUGGGUUAAUGCUGCAGGACUGUUAUGCUAGGAUGGGUUAAUGGAGAGCUGCUGCAGUACUGUCAGGUUAGGAAUGGGUUAAUGGAGAGCUGCUGCAGGACUGCCAGGUUAGGAAUGGGUUAAUGCUGCAGGACUGUCAGGUUAGGAAUGGGUUAAUGCUGCAGGACUGUCAGGUUAUCAAUGGGUUAAUGCUGCAUGAUUGUCAGGCUGAGAAUGGGUCAAUGGAGUAAUAUUGCACAGGGGAUACGGAGAUAAUAAACUCCAAUCUAGUGAUGUUUGCAUGAGUCGGGUUAUAUACAGGACACUAUUGGGUUAAUGGAGUGAUGCUAUGUAAAGGGUUAGUAUGGGGUUAUGGAAAGAAGCCUCUAGCUAGAUAGAGAGUCAGGAGAAGCAAAGAAUGUUUGGAUGCUGUGAUAAUAGUGGGAGAGGGUGAGGGGUGCAGGGGAUGGUAGAUGGGUUUUGGAGAUGAAGGAAUUUAAUGAGAGGGCAGGUCAGGGUUAAGAGGCCAGUUAUACAGUCACACAAUAUGUUUAAUUCAAUUGGUCUUGUCACCAGUUUAAUAUUUGAGGGAGGUGUCACGCGUCCCUGUCACACUGAAGUCUGACAUCCUCUUAUCACUUCCAGUCCCAGUAACAGCUCUGUUUGUAUCUAUUCCUCCUGCAGGUUUUGUUAAAUAUGGCCAGGUUCUACCCUCUGGCACUGCACAUUAUCCUGAUUCCCCUUCUCCUGUGGCUGGCAGACCCUACAGCCGGUUACAAGCCAAUUAUUGUAGUUCAUGGACUGUUUGACAGUUCUGCCAACUUCAAGCACCUGCUGGAGUAUAUCAACAAGGUAAGAGACCGCCGGCGCAGUCUGGGUUUUGGAGAUCGUAACGCUUACUGUGGAUUUAAAUUGAUCAGAAUCACUAAAAUACUGUGAGAGAGGAAUAAAUAUUAAUGGUGGCUGUGGUGUGCAUUGGAUAAGGUAGGUGAGUGUGGUUAUCUAUGUUAAAAAAAUAAAAUAAAAUAAUAGGGCUGCUGACAGUGGCUAUGGUACGUACCAGAGGAAUAGGACAUUGACUGAUCAGGGUAAUAAUAAUUGUGUCUGCCUAUUGAAUUCGUGGGAGUGAUUCUUACUAUCUGUGAAUUGGGUUGCUGAGGUCUGUGUGUGAUAUUAAAGGUUGUGGUACGCACUGUAAUGUAAUGUGUGAAUGACUGCCUCUGAUGGUGGCUGCGUAACUGAAGUUGCGGAAUGAAUUCUUACAGCCCUCUUCACUUACUCUUCCCUUAUAUUAAAUGUACUGGUUUUCUUUUAAUCGUUUGCUUUGUUUUACCAGUUGUACAGCGCUGCUGAAUAUGUUGGUGCUUUAAAUAAUUGCGAUUUGCGGUUAUAUACUGGUUGUGGCUAUGGCAUCUAGCAGGGUCACUGAGGUCUGUGUGAGAGAAGUGAAUACAGGUUGUGGGGUGAGUUUGGCUAUCUCAGAUAGGAUCAUAUUGUUUGUGAAAUGAAGUUGGCUACCCAGCGAAAUAAUAGCCACGAAGACAUUGAGGGUGAUUUUAUUUCACAUUUGCAUCUGUUUUAUGUGUUAUUUUCUUAUAUAUACAAGUCUUCCAGCCUUUAUACGUUUCUUCUUUGUCUGUAAGUCACCAUGUAAUCUGUCUUUCUGACACUUUUUACACUUAUUUGCGCCUUUCUUUCCUGAUAAUUUUACCAUUGAUGACAUUGACAAAGUUAAACAAAUGAGUGAUAAUAAUAGGAAAAGAAUAAUGUUUUUAGAAUUGAAAUAGAUUUCUUUAAACAGAAAGGAAAAACUGUGAAAUCUGCUUGUCUGUUUCCGAAAAUUGGGCAUUCUGACAGUGGCUUAAAAAGGCAUGUUCAUGCCACUAUAAAAACAACAAAAAAAAGCACAGGAUGAAACUGUUAGGAGGGGAGCAAACUGGAAAAUGGGACUGGGGUAAAGGAAAAUAUUGGCUCAAACAGAAAAUAUGAAAGAAUUUUGGCCUAAAAACAGCCAUGCCACUUUACCCCUUGUGUGCAGUGAGGGGACUGACCAUCUUAACUACAAGCAUACAAAUAGUGGUUGUGGUAUACUAAGGGCAGAAUGUACUUGUGGGUAGAACACGCUAAUGCUGGCUGUAUGCAGUGACUGCUGUCAGUAGUGUGGCUGACGUUUCCUGUGGGAUAGAUAUAGAACAUAUUGACUGGUAAGUAUGAGGCUGCUGGUAAUAUAUGGAAAGGGUGAUGUUGGAUUGGAAAAGUUUAGAGACAUUGAAGUCCAAUUAAUUAGUCUUGCUUGGCGCAAAGGGAAAUGUAAAGUCAGAAUGAAACAGGAUCCUGAUGCAGAAGCAGUGAGGAGGGAAUCAGGAGGAAGUGUUAGGAAAAAAGGGAACUCUGAGACCAGACUUGUUUCUGUCUGUGCUUGACUUGUGGUGGUUUGGUGUCUGUGUAUGUGAUGCAUGCGCGAUGGUGGUUGUACUGGACUGAGUGAGGCUACCGCUGCCUGUAUAGGUGUGUAUGUAACUGUGUAUGGACUUGUUUGGUUGGGAAUGGCUUUGAGGGACCUGCCAUUGUUUUCACUCUCUGCCUUUUCUAACCAGUCUCACCCUGGAACAAAUGUCACCGUCGUGGACCUGUUUGACCACAGACAGAGUUUGGAACCUCUCUGGAAGCAGGUGGAGGGGUUUCGCAAAGUAAUCUAUCCCAUCAUGCAGAACGCAGGCAGCGAUGGGGUGCACCUUCUCUGCUACUCACAGGGUAGGUACCAACUCAGACAGAUCCUGCUUGUGUUCAUUGUAGUAGAUUAUUUACAUUAUUGUUACUUAUAGUAACACAAACCAUAUGAUAUGGGUUUUGUUUUGUAUUUAAUCAUUGUUUUCUCUUGUGUCUCUGCCUCUCUUGAUUUGUUAUGUGUUGCCUCUUCCCCCCUCUGUCUCCAUCUCACUCCUUCCCACCAGUUCCCAUCAAGUGUCUGUCUUGCUUGACUCGUACAUUCCUUUCUAAUGUCUAUACAGGCUGUCUUUCCUGCAGUCUCUCUGUGUCCGUGACAGUUUUCAUUCCUUUCUUCCGCUCACAUUUCUGUUUAUUUCUCACUCACCAUUGUGUAUGUCACCUUUUGUAAUGGCUCAUUCUCAUUCCUAACCCUGGAGUCACAUCACAUGACACAGGAAUACCUGUAACACGUGGGAAAACACCUGUAAUUAUACGGUGACAUGCACUCAGUAUUAUGCUGUCAGUGUUUAUGCCUUUACCUGUUACUUGUCACACGUUUUCCCUGUCUUACUGUCUUACAGCGUUUCUCCAGUUUACAUCCAGGAUGGAGCGUAGAUUUCUCAUCCAGAACCAUCUCUGUCUCCUUCACCCCAAAUGUUCUUCUUUCCCCGUGGCUCAAAUCACACGAUCUCUCACACGUGGUUUUCUUUCCAUAGGGGGAUUGAUUUGCCGUGGCCUACUGCAGACAAUGCCUGAUCAUAAUGUGGACACUUUUAUAUCUCUGUCCUCCCCGCAGCUAGGGCAGUAUGGAGGUAAUUAUAUGUAAUAUUUAUUGUACGCCUAGCCUUCAGAUUCCGUUUUAGCUUUCUAUUAAUAUAGACAAAAAAGAAACAAUUCUAUUGUUUCACAUUGGUGAAUUCUUUGGGCCCCAUAAAUGGCAGCCAGUAUAAUUAUUUGAUUAGCAACUUAAUGAGAAUUUAUAGUCGUCCCCCCCCCCCCCAAAAAAAAAUAUUUUGGGGUAAUAUAAGUCUCCAGCUUUCACCAUGACCUCUGUCAACACCCUUGUAUUUCGAAAAAUAUAUUUUAUAUUUGACGCACUCUGUUUCCAGCUCCUAGACAAUGGCAUUGCAACCGUCUGCUCCGGCUCCUUCUCUGUCAGCGAGCAUUCUGACGUCUUCUCGUCCAAUGCAGUGCUCAUAGAGAAGCAUUGUGGACAUGAGUCAAAUGUUGUGUCGCACUUGUCCAAUCAACUUCUUUUCGUAGGAAAAGCAUGAAUCCAAUGUUCACCUGUGAUACGUUACAUAUUUAAAGACGUUUGACAUCCUGUUGCAAUGCUUGAGGAGGUCGAACAUUACAUAACAGAGCCUGACUUGGCCGUCGCAAUGGAAGCUUCUUCUAGUGGCUGUCAGGAAGAUGUUUCUCCUUGCAAUUUAAACAUUGACGUAUCUACAAAACAGCACUAUUUUACAUUGCGGGACCAAAACGACAGGACUUCUACAGCACCCAGAUCACUUCAUUGAGCUGAAGUGGUUUGAGUGCCUACAGCCUUCCUUUAAAGGGAAAUUAUAAUGCCAAUAAAACAAACUAGUUUUCCUGGCAGUAUAGCUUCCCCCUCUGGCAAGGCCACCUACACCCACCCCAAAACCCCUGUGAUGCAGAAGGGGUAAUAACCCCUUCAGUCACUUACCUGGUUCCAGCGCCACUGCCCCUCAGCACUGGCACAGCUCCUCCCCCACCGAUGUCCGCCAGCAGGGGGAAACCUAAUGCGCAUGUACUGCAAUGGCUGCGCUCUCUUAUUAUUUAAUGAUUAUUUAAUGAUUUCCUAUGGGGAAAAUCUGAAGCUGGAGGUCUUCAUGCAGAGCGUGAGGACGUUCAGUGUAAGAAAAUGUCCGUUUCAGUUCCGGAAGUCCCUCUAGUGGCUAGCUGGUAGACGGCUACUAGAGGUGGAGUUAACCCUCGGUGGUAAUUAUUGCAGUUUAUAAAAACUGCAAUAAUUACCACUGCAGGGUAAAGAGUGAUGGGAGUUUGCGCCCAGACCACUUCAAUGAGCUAAAGUGGUCUGGCUGCCUACAGUGUCCCUUUAAGGAUUUAUACAUCAAUAGGGCUUUUUGUUACCUCCAGGACUUGUAAUAUGUUUUCUAUAGUGGGAAGGUAUUGAAUGAACAUCUUAAAUAGACAUUUGUAGAUUUGUAUUUGUAUAUAUUUUUUUUACUUGUAAUGCCUGGGUAUGCUUUAUAAUGUCCAUCCUAUCAGAGAGAUGACUGCUUUCUGAUUUCUAGUCAUUUUCCAGACUAUCUAUAACUGGAACAUUACACAGAGUGAGGGCCUGCUCCCUACGUGUGCUGGGGAUGGUUGAAUGUGUUAGCAUUAUUUACGGGAGCUAAUUCAUCGGGGUACUGAUCGCACAAUGAAAGGGUGAUAGCAGGCCUCCCUGUUCCCCUGAAUGUGCGAAUAGCUGGGACACCAAGGAAUCGAUAAUUACACUAUUCUUGACUAAGAAAAUAUUUUUGUUCUUUGUUUUUUAUUUGUACAAUUUUUAAAUAUAUAUUCUAUAUUUUUCAAUGAGUGAAACGUGUGUAUCAUUUAUUUAAAUGAAUAUAAGUAGAUAGAAAUGUAAAAAUGUUUUGUGGAAUUGUGAAUUGAAAUCUGAAUUUUCGUUAAAGAGGUCAAAUUAGCCAAAUAGGGAAUUCUGAUUUAAAAAAAUUUUUUGUUGUUGUAAAAUCUAUUUUCGUUUCACUCCAAGUCUCCAACUAUUUUGGACAGGAUGUACCACUGGAAGGAACGCUGUGUUUAAGAACACAGAGGUGCUAUGUUUACCAUAAAGUCACAAUUGGACCACUGAUGAUAAGAGUAUCCUGUCAUGGGUCAUAUUACCAAACUCUAAGGUGCUUAUUUAAAAAAAUAUGAACAACUGAACUGCAAAAGUUCAGCUAAUUUUAUAUAAGAGAUUUUAUUCCAACUAAAUGCCUUUCCCUGGCUUACCACCAUUCACUGUUUGGUGAAUGGUGAUAACUUCUUAUCACUUGUGAUCGCUUUCAUGGGAGAUAUUUGCAUUGAAUUUGUGGAAUUUCAGUCCGUUGCUGUUAGUUGUCACAAUGCAGAGUCAGCAUUAUUUUACCAAAGCCGUGAUCAGGGGAGGAUUUGGAGUGAUAACCCCCCAGGAUCACAUCCCUGAGAGAUUGUGUGCAUUUUAACAGCUGUCUAAAUAGAGUUAUCUGUAGUGUGUUUGGUCCAUUUGGCUCUGGAUAUUUGUUAACACACUGCUUUAGUUUUUAUUUAAUGAGGAUUUGUCACCUAAAAGUAACCAUGAUGUGCUUCACCCCGGUACAUUUAUAUAUUGACCGUUUCCUGGGAUGAAAGCAGCAGCUAAGACAAAUGGAAACAGACGUCCAUUUCUUUUCGGCAUAAUUAUCAGCAUCCCAAUAUUUGGUGGGUAACUUUUUUAAUUUGUUCCCCAUACAGGAAUCAUGAACAGUCAUUCAUUAUCGUUAAAUAACUCACUGCACAGUUUGUCUAUCCGAUCGAAGCCUUCGGUUUGGCCGCCCAAAAUAUCAGUCUCUCAGCAUUCACUACCCUUCUUAGUACAUAGGUCGAGACACACUGUGCUCUAAUUACCUGUAUAGCAGCUGACAGUAACAAUUAUCAGAGCUCUGUCUCUUGGGAAGAAUGGGAGUUAAGGUUUGAGAGGGGGUUAACGUCCCAGUUAGAUUACAUAGAGCGCUUAGAGUCAAGAGGACCAAACGCUUGAUGGGGAUUACAAUUGUGGUGUAAGGGUAUUUUAAAUUAAUGGAUGUUUAGGGUUAUUGGGUUUUAUGUAUAGUGUUGGGUUCCAUUUAGUAUUGGGGUUCAGUGGUUGUUUAGAGUUGGAGUUGGGUUCCAUUUAGUAUUGGGGUUCAGUGGUUGUUUAGCGUUGGAGUUGGGUUCCAUUUAGUAUUGGGGUUCAGUGGUUGUUUAGCGUUGGAGUUGGGUUCCAUUUAGUAUUGUGGUUCAGUGGUUGUUUAGCGUUGGAGUUGGGUUUCAUUUAGUAUUGGGGUUCAGUGGUCGUUUAGCGUUGGAGUUGGGUUACAUUUAGUCUUGUGGUUCAGUGGUUGUUUAGCGUUGGAGUUGGGUUCCAUUUAGUAUUGGGGUUCAGUGGUUGUUUAGCGUUGGAGUUGGGUUACAUUUAGUCUUGGGGUACAUGGGGAGUUCUAGCUGGGAUUAAGGUAUUGUGUUUUUUCAGGUUUAGACUUUGAGUGUUUAAAUGUGGCACUGAGGAAAGUGUUUGUUCAGCUUUUGGAAGGGGUUAUAUUUAGGGUUUAGGAUACAUGGAGUCCCAGGAGUUAUUUGCGUAGUAUUCACAUUCCUCCCAGUCACCCUGCUAUGAUUGUUGAGCUGUAGGAGCUGUUAUUCAGCGUUUCAUAACAUACUCACAAUGUGACUGUAAUGGGAGGAAUGCUGUGUGUUAGAACUGUUUACUGUAUAGUCACAUGUGGACUCCUGUAGUAUGUAAGAGUACAUUCCAGUUGUCAUGUGAUAGUUACAAACCCUUAGGUGCUUAUUUAUAAAAAUAUGAAUUCGCAACAGAACAGUAAAAUUGAGUUCUUUUUAAACCAUUAUUCGAGAUUUUAUAACCAUAUAAUUUCUUCUCCUGGCUUAUUGCUAUUUACUGCUUAGCAAACAAUCCUCUCAUCACAUGUGGCUGCUUUCAUGGGAGAUAUUUGCAUUUAAUUUGUGGAAUUUCAGUCGGUUGCUGUUAGUUGUGACAUUGCAGAGUCAGCAUUAUUUAUCCAAAGCUGGGAUCAGGAGACGAUGUCGGAUGAUCCCUGAAAGUAACCAUACUUCACCCCAGUACAUUUCCAUAUUGAACGUUUACUGGGGAGAAGUGGCCGCUGAGAUAAAUAGAAACAGACCUCCAAUGCUUGUCCAGAUAAUUAUCACACCCCAAUACUUGCGGCCAUCUUUUUCCUAUUGUUCCCCAUGCAGGAAUCAGGAAAGCUCAAUCAAUCGCCUCAAAUGGCAUGCUGUGAUAGCACUUCCAUAAAUCGUUACACAGAUAGUGCGUGGUUAGAUUGUAGUUUGCUCUCAGAACGAGCCAUUACCUUUGAAAUGACCGGCCUACCUACCAUGGCUUGGCCUUCCUUUAACGGAUAGUAGAUUCCCUCAUUGUGCUAGCAACAUUUCUAGAAAAAGUGUAAAGGAGAAACAAUGUUGUUGGUUUUGUUAGUGUGACCUUCCUGAACAUUACUGUUUUUGCUAACUUACUGGGAGGCUUACUUGCGGGAUACUGAUCACAUUAUUUGGGGCAGCUGCACACUGUAUUUGAGUCUAAACUUGUUGGAGUGGAAGCAGGUACGUAUAUUGUUAAUCUAUAGUCUUGCUGGUGACUCUGAUAGGUAUGUACUUCCAUAUACAUUAUCCUAAGGGAAUUUUAAUUUGUUAUCCACACCAUUUGUAAAUUUCAUGUUCAGUUCACAAUUGCCAAGGAAGAUGCAAAGUGUGCCAUUAAUAAAACUGAGCCACAGUCAGACCCCCUAAUAUUAGCUAUUAAUUAUAAGCUGUCCAUUAUCCUCCAAUCACAGACUCCUAAAAAUCAACUGGAUUAAGAAUUGUCACAGCUUGGCGGUGGCUGGGAAUGUGUGUCACCUGUCAGGUUCAUUGAGACCCUUCCAAAACUCUAACCUCUGGUUAUGGAGAUCCGUGUUAAUUAACAUUUUCUUAGUAGGGACGGACAUUGCCAAAUGACAAUGAUAAAUUUGUGUCUAAAUAGGAAAUUGCUAAUCUUAUAUAAUCAGAUAUACAGUAGAUUCCUCUUCCCUUGUAGCUAAAGCAUUGUUUAAACCCCAUUUAUUGGGCUUCUGUGAUCUCCCCAUUAUUUUGAUACAGGACAUCUAAUGGUGAAUUAGUUUUAUGAAAUCCAUAACACAGGGUUAAAUGGUAACUUUCUGUUCCCAGCCCUUUUUAUAAUGUGAUGCUAAUACUGUGUAUUCUAAAAUGCCAGCCUAUUCCUGGCACACUCCCAGUGCUGUAAGAUUCUCACUGCACACUGCAUGCUCUGACCUGUACAUAAAGAGUAUUCGUUUCCUAUGUUGGUCUAAUAGUGGUAACAUCAUCCAAACAAAAUAUUGAUCCGCACAGCAGAACGAUCGGCUGUGAUUUAAUAAGCUGAGUGCUGCUGUCCCUCCUUACACACUUACAAUAUAAGGGCUUUCGGAGAAACAGGGAAUGGAUAAUCAACAUUACCAUUUCCUAUAGCACAAUCUAUAUAGAAAGUAGGGAAAUGAUGAGGGACUGAUUGGAUGCAACAAAACCAGACGGCGCUUAUUUAAGAGCACACAAUGUCACUAUACUUAAAGGGAUUACUGGUACAUUUAUUUCACAAUAAUAAACAAUACCGGUUGCGUGUUUACAUGUCUGUGACUCAUAACUAUUGAAUAGAGUUCACAGAAGGUGAAAACGAUUUUGCUGAAUGUCCGAUUACUCAGGCUAUAUAAAAUUAUUUUAUCUUGACGUCAAGUUGUCUAAUUGAGCAGCCACGUGUCAGGCAUUAUGGAAUGUCAGAUGGAGAAUUCAUGAUAUUAACAUGCCUUUACGUACACCCUGUUGAAGUUACGCACUAAACUCAGAAUUGUAGUCUCAAAUGGCACAUUUUACCAGGAAAUAGAUGAUUGUUAGUUUGCGAUUCCCUAGUCAAAUCUCCACUAUUCAAAUUUAGUAAAUUACAUCAUUGUUUUAUUGCUUAGUGUGAUGUAUUUACCAUAAAUCCUGGUUUAUGAAGGAGAAAGGACAACUCUUAUCAGUCCUAGGAUGGCAUAUUUGAGCUGAAUUCUUUUUCAAAUACACAGGAUGUGAAAGAGACUGUUUUUUGUAUGUUUUUUUUGGACCCACUUCUAUUGAAUUAUUAAUGAUUGGAGGGCCUUUCUUAGUUUGGUUUAUAGGAUUGGUGUAUUGAACACGUAUGGACUGUCCAUGGUAAGCAAUAGUUAUUAAUCAGCACAGGGAUAUAAAGCGUUAAAGCCUCUUGACUGUAUUUGCUGACGCAGCACAUAUAUACGUAUUGAUCUGAUAUUUCUAUUUUUGCAGUUAAUGUAUCAUUGUUGAAGGGUAAAUUCCACAACUUGGAGGAUUGUGUUACAAUUUUAGUAUUUAUUUUGUUAUUAUCUUUCACUAUUUGGUAUUUUUUUUUUUUGACAAUCUUUAUUUUAGUUUUUUUCUUUUUCCAUGUUUCAACUUUGCAUUAAAAUGUUUAAACAAAAGAAAACAUGUAUCAGCUUGCGUCAAAGUAUAUAAUGUACAUAAACAUAACAGGGCAUAACUUGCAUCGAUAAUACACUGUAUGUAAACACUACGUGGCAUAGCUUGCAUCGGGAAUUCAAUGUAUGUAUAACUAUGUAUCAAACCUGUUCAAAGGUUUAACAUUCUGGAAACAUAGAUUAAACUGGCAAGGGCAGUGCCCAACAAUAUGUCUCACUCCAUAUGCCUUAAAAAUAGGUGUCGGUUCAGAGCUUGCAUAGCAGGCUAGCACUUGACAGGCAGACCUUUAAACAACAAUUGUACCAGUUAUUGACCGUCUUUGUAUCACGUUACUCCAUCACACAGUGGUCUCAUUUCCAGUAAUCCUUCUCUCCCCCUCAUGCCACCCCCCCAUGCAAUCACCACUCCAGUUUGGCACAAGUAGCUGUGUUCCUCGCCUAGUUUCGCUUGCAGUGAACUAACCAGUGUUGUAUUCAUAUGUCAUAUGGUCAUAUUGCCGGUAUCAAGUAUACAGUAUACUUAUGCGUUGGUUUUGGGUUAUUUCGUAUAUACUGUAUACUGUCGGCAUGGUUCUGUGGUUUGUGGUCUGAUAUCGUAUAUGUGACUGUAGUGUACAGCAUCCAUCACUAGUAGGGUCUUGCUUAGUGCCCAUCACAUGGUGCUCGCUUGUUAUAGUAGUAGAGAAGCCUAAGACUCCUGUGUGGUAGAGAGAGUGGCAGAUGCGCAGGGAACGUAGGAGGCAAGUAGUUAUUCAUUUUAAUAAUUGCUAAAUUGGAAUCACAUUGUCGAUAUUGACACUUUGUUACUAUUUGGUAUAUUAUUAAUCACCUAGCUGGGUCACUUUUUACGUUUAUGGUGUAUUACUAAUUCAGAUUUGGUCUGCUGUGUUUUGUGGAAUGCCAUGUUCUAUGUAUUUUUAAAUUGUUCUCUGGGUUUUACUAUUUUUGUAUGUUCUGUUAAUUAUAUAAUUAUAAUAUAUAUAUUUUUUGAUACCGUGACACGUUGUUUAUAUUGAUACACAUCUGCAUUUAGGGGUUCUAAUAAUCUGAUUUCUUGUGUCACGAGCUAUACAUGUCUUAUCUCACACGCUUUCAAUAACUGUGUCACAAGGAAAUCAUUAUGUAACUGUCCGAUUAUAUUGCAAAUCGGCCUGACUGCUGUGAGAGAUGUUUGUUUAACAGUAUAUUGGGAAGGUUUGGGGUAGUCAUAUUGUGUGUGUGUGUGUCAAAAAGCAGGGCAGGAAAAGGCAGAAGUUGGAGAACAAUAACCCCCACAAUGCUUUGCCUUAUGGUCAACUCUAUUCUGCUGUAAUGUGUGUCAUUCUGACAUUGAAAGGGUUACUGCUUUAAAUAGACUAAAUUUCAGGCCUGGCUGCAGGAGCAGAGAAAUGAAUGCAAAGCAGGACUAGAAGUGUGAAAUGUGACCUGACCAGAUCCCGGGUGCUUAGCUAAGAAGGGAAAAGCUGGAAAUAAUCCUUCCUCUUACAAGGAAAACCUGCCAUUGGUGUCAUGUAGUAGGAGUACCAUCACCGGCUAGUUAGGGGUUAUCUGAUGAGAGGACUGUGCUGUACAGCAGGAGUACCAUCACCGGCUAGUUAGGGGUUAUCUGAUGACAGCACUGUGCUAUACAGCAGGAGUACCAUCACCGGCUAGUUAGGGGUUAUCUGAUGAGAGCACCAUGCUGUACAGCAGGAGUACCAUCACCGGCUAGUUAGGGGUUAUCUGAUGAGAGCACUGUACUGUACAGCAGGAGUACCAUCACCGGCUAGUUAGGGGUUAUCUGAUGACAGCACUGUGCUAUACAGCAGGAGUACCAUCACCGGCUAGUUAGGGGUUAUCUGAUGAGAGCACCAUGCUGUACAGCAGGAGUACCAUCACCGGCUAGUUAGGGGUUAUCUGAUGAGAGCACUGUGUUAUACAGCAGGAGUACCAUCACUGGCUAGUUAGGGGUUAUCUGAUGACAGCACUGUGCUAUACAGCAGGAGUACCAUCACCGGCUAGUUAGGGGUUAUCUGAUGAGAGCACCAUGCUGUACAGCAGGAGUACCAUCACCGGCUAGUUAGGGGUUAUCUGAUGACAGCACUGUGCUAUACAGCAGGAGUACCAUCACCGGCUAGUUAGGGGUUAUCUGAUGAGAGCACCAUGCUGUACAGCAGGAGUACCAUCACCGGCUAGUUAGGGGUUAUCUGAUGAGAGCACUGUGCUAUACAGCAGGAGUACCAUCACCGGCUAGUUAGGGGUUAUCUGAUGAGAGCACUGUGCUGUCCAGCAGGAGUACCAUCACCGGCUAGUUAGGGGUUAUCUGAUGAGAGCACUGUGCUGUACAGCAGGAGUACCAUCACCGGCUAUUGAAUGUGCUGUGCAAUUUUGGGCACCUGUUCUAAAGAAGGAUAUUAUGGCACUAGAAAAAGUGCAGAGGCGGGCUACAAAAUUAAUAAAAGGAAUGGAACAUAUCAGCUAUGAAGAAAGGUUGACAAAUUUAAACCUAUUUAGUUUAGAAAAACAUCACCUGAGAGGGGAUAUGAUAACAUUAUACAAAUAUAUUCAGGGCCGAUACAAACCAUUGUGUGGAAAUCUAUUCACAAACCGGACUUUACAUAGGAGACGAGGCCAUGCGUUUAGACUGGAAGAAAGAAGUUUUCGUCUAAGGCAAAGGAAAGGUUUUUUUACUGUAAGAACAAUCAGGAUGUGGAAUUCUCUGCCUGAAGAAGUGGUUUUAUCAGAAUCCAUACAGAUGUUCAAACGGUUACUAGAUGCAUACUUGCAAAAACAGAAUAUUCAAGGAUAUAAUCUUUCAAUGUAGGGUAAUCACUGCUUGAUCCAAGGAUGAAUCUGACUGCCAUUCUGGGGUCAAGAAGGAAUUUUUUCCUAGCUUGGUGCAAAAUUGUGCUUCAAACUGGGGUUUUUUGCCUUCUUUUGGAUCAACUGCAAAAAAACAAAUGUGAGGUAGGCUGAACUUGAUGGACGCAAGUCUCUUUUCAGCUAUGUAACUAUGUAAGGAGUACCAUCACCGACUAGUUUGGGCUUAUCUAAUGAGAGCACUGUGCUGUACAGCAGUAGUACCAUCACCGGCUCGUUGGGGGUUAUCUAAUGAGAGCACCGUGCUGUACAAUAGGAGUACCAUCACUGGCUAAUUAGGGGUUAUCUAAUGAGAGCUCUGUACUGUACAGCAGGAGUACCAUCACCGACUAGUUAGGGGUUAUCUAAUGAGAGCACUGUGCUGUACAACAGUAGUACCAUCACUGGCUAGUUUGGGGUUUUCUAAUGAGAGCACUGUGCUGUACAGCAGGAGUACCAUCAGCGACUAGUUAGGGGUUAUCUGAUGAGAGCACCAUGCUGUACAGCAGGAGUAACAUCACCGGCUAGUUAGGGGUUAUCUGAUGAGAGCACUGUGCUAUACAAUAGGAGUACCAUCACCGACUAGUUAGGGGUUAUCUGAUGAGAGCACCAUGCUGUCCAGCAGGAGUAACAUCACUGGCUAGUUAGGGGUUAUCUGGUGAGAUAAUAGUUCUAUUCUAGUAUCUAGCAGUACCAGCUAGUUAGGGCUUAUCUGGUGCGAUAAUAGUUCUAUUCUAGUAUCUAGCAGUACCAGCUAGUUAGGGGUUAUAUAAUGUGGGGGCACUUUACGUCACUUGUUUUCAAUGUAGGGUAAUAACUGCUUGAUCCAAGGAUGAAUCUGACUGCCAUUCUGGGGUCAAGAAGGAAUUUUUUCCUAGCUUGGUGCAAAAUUGUGCUUCAAACUGGGGUUUUUUGCCUUCUUUUGGAUCAACUGCAAAAAAACAAAUGUGAGGUAGGCUGAACUUGAUGGACGCAAGUCUCUUUUCAGCUAUGUAACUAUGUAAGGAGUACCAUCACCGACUAGUUUGGGCUUAUCUAAUGAGAGCACUGUGCUGUACAGCAGUAGUACCAUCACCGGCUCGUUGGGGGUUAUCUAAUGAGAGCACCGUGCUGUACAAUAGGAGUACCAUCACUGGCUAAUUAGGGGUUAUCUAAUGAGAGCUCUGUACUGUACAGCAGGAGUACCAUCACCGACUAGUUAGGGGUUAUCUAAUGAGAGCACUGUGCUGUACAACAGUAGUACCAUCACUGGCUAGUUUGGGGUUUUCUAAUGAGAGCACUGUGCUGUACAGCAGGAGUACCAUCAGCGACUAGUUAGGGGUUAUCUGAUGAGAGCACCAUGCUGUACAGCAGGAGUAACAUCACCGGCUAGUUAGGGGUUAUCUGAUGAGAGCACUGUGCUAUACAAUAGGAGUACCAUCACCGACUAGUUAGGGGUUAUCUGAUGAGAGCACCAUGCUGUCCAGCAGGAGUAACAUCACUGGCUAGUUAGGGGUUAUCUGGUGAGAUAAUAGUUCUAUUCUAGUAUCUAGCAGUACCAGCUAGUUAGGGCUUAUCUGGUGCGAUAAUAGUUCUAUUCUAGUAUCUAGCAGUACCAGCUAGUUAGGGGUUAUAUAAUGUGGGGGCACUUUACGUCACUUGUUUUCUGAUGGAUCAUCAUCUGUUGAGCUAAUGUGUGUGUGUGUAUAAAAUAAACUGACUAGUAACUGGUGUUACUUGAGACCCCAAAUGUGCAUUCAUCAUGCAAAUACCACUUGCUUCUUAGCGUACCCCACAUCUGCCAUGCAUGAAUUAGCUCUGUACGUGCAGAUAUUUUGUGGUUACAUACAGCUUACUCCAUAAUGUUCUAACAGACACACCAAUGUGUAGCUUCUCUCAUGAAAACCUGAAUCAAGCUAAGCAUGCACGAUAGUGGAAGUCAGAGCAGGAUUAACUAUAAAGCAACCUUAGGUGGCCACCUAUGGUCCAGCGUUUGGACCAGGCCCCAGACCAUGAAUUUGCUUUUGCUCAUUCACAAUCCCUGUGUGAAGAAUGAAGGUUACCUAACUGGUAAACCACAUGGUCCUGUUCUCUGGUUGGAAUAGCUCAAUUCUGUUAAUUUAUGUAAGUAGCUUAAUAUUUUUAUUUUUUAAUGAAUGUAACUACUUACAGCCACAUGAUCACAGCUUUUAGUGUAAAUCUGACAGGUGAACUACAUGUCCCUCAAGCAAGCCGUGCUGUGUAGGUCUCAUGAAAUGUACACAGUGCUCACAUUGAAAAUAACAGAAGGACCAGGAUUGGCUGAGCCGUUUGACCCACUUCCUGGUCUCUGUAGCUUCCCAACUAGUACUAGGGAGACAAGAGAGAUCAUGGUUGUGACCAUGUGUCUCCUGCAAGUUGUUAUCGAUGGGACAUGACAGGGGUUGCCCAAAAUAAACUAACAGGAAUUUUUAGUAGAAAGGUCACAUGAAAGCCGUGUGAUUUUAGGAGGGGCAAUUCUGUUCCAUGAGCCUCGGACACCAAAAUAGUUUAGUAACCAAGUGGCUGGCAGAGCCUUUUAACUCUUUACAUGCCAAUAGAGAGUUUAAUGCCGAUGGAAUAAAUAAUGGCAGGCAAAAGAAGGGAAUUGUCGCUUGUUGUUAUUAUAAUGUAUGUAUUUAAAAACUGUAUUUUAUUUUCAUUGAUUGAGUGAUUUAUAUUUUGUAAAUGGCUAUAAUAUGAUUUUUUAUAUAUGUCAUAAUGAUUACUAAUAGCUAUUAAAAUGUAUUUACAUAUUAUUGUUACUAUUCUCUUAUAAUACUUUUUUAUAUGUAAUAACAUUUUAUGGCAAUACAAUUUUUUUUUUUUAGUUUAUUAUAACCCUUUUGUGUCCACUUUUCCUUUAAUUGUACUAUGUGUGUCUGGUCACAUAUCCACUAAUUAAGAUUCUUUAAAUGUUCUGCCCCAGACACAGAUUACCUGCGUUACCUGUUCCCUUUUUAUGUGAAAUCCAAUUUGUUUCGGUUGUGUUACACACAUUACGGACAGACCUACUCAAUCUGUAACUUCUGGAAUGGUGAGUGACAGGGUUUGCUAGAUUGGGUCAGGGUGGGCAAUGUGUGCCAGGAGGCAGGGGGUACUGUGUGUAUACCAGCUGGGUACACUGGUACAUUUUGUGUAGAAUGCUUUAACACUUGUCCCUUCGUUGCACAGACCCUCAUCAUCACGACCUGUACAUAAAUACCAGUGACUACCUCGCACCAUUAAACUCUGAGCGGUUGGAUCCCAAUGCUACAGGUAAAAUAUUUCACAGCUAUAUUCUGUCCUUUCUCUGGCAUAUUAAAAUAAAAUAUAUUUAAUGUUGGUGAGCAUUUACACACGCACGUUUUCUCUGCAAAGGUGGAGGAGUGAACUCCUAAUAGAAGAUAUUACAUUUGUAUUUUGCCAUCAUCCUGCUCCUUUGCUCUAUGAGUGGCUACUCACACAUUUUAUCCAUUCUUCUUUCCAUUAGACUGGAAGAAAAAUUUUCUGCGCCUCCGCAAACUUGUCCUCAUUGGUGGCCCAGAUGAUGGUGUAAUUACCCCUUGGCAGUCUAGGUAUGAGGGAGAAGGAUCUGUCACUUUUUAUCUCAAGAACAAUGUGAAGUGGACGUACCGAGGCUGGAGAGAAGUGGGCAAGGAGGAUGUGGCCGAGCGGGUUGCAGCGCGUGUACAGUUAUGGAGGAUAAAAAAAUAAAAGAUUUGACUGACCGUGACCAUGGGAAAAGCAGAGAGAGAAGAGGGGAGAUAAAUUGAGAAGUGAAGAGGGGUGAUGGAGGGUGAAUUGUAGCGCAGAGUUCAGGCGGAUGAUUUGGGUAAAUGAGUGUUCAUGUAGGGUAAGGGAGAAAGCUGAUGAUGGCUGAAAUAUGAGGUGGUGAUGGAGGGUGAGUGAGAGGGAAGAGAGAUGCCCGAGAGUAAAGCAGAGGAAAGGAAGGACCGACUGAGAUCCACCACAAGAUGAGUUUUUUUUUUUUUUUUUUAAACGUAGAUCUAUAAAUAGAAAAGAUGUCCUUUCUAACAUUAAACAUCAUGAUGUGCAGGAGCAGAAUGCUUGAUUGACCGCUUUAAUGGCACAUGUGAAACACCACCACUAAUUGACCUGACAUCUUCAUAUGGACCUGGGUGGCAGGUUGAUAGAAAAUAUCAUUCUACCUAUUAAAUCAAAAUAUCAGUUUCAGCAAAUUAAAUCUAAAUUUCAAGAUUGAUGUAAAAAUAGUCCAGCUAUGACUAUAGAGUUGGAGAAUGUUUCCAAAUCUGCAAGUUUUGCUCAAAUCUAGAGUUCACUGAAUAACCCUAUAAAUGAUCAAUUAAACUACGGCCUAAAUCUGAUUCUUUUGGAUUAGCUUUUCAAGUUAUAUCAAUCUGUUAGAAAAUAAUUUCAAAUUAUUUAUCGUUUGAAGUCUAUGGGAAUUUAUGUAGGUGAAUCCUAUAAAACGUUUUUCUUUUCUUUUUAUUCUUUAUUUUUCGUGUGGAAAGAUAACAGACACAUGUAUUUAGCCACCACAGCCUCUACACAACAAUCAGAAUCAGUGCAUAUUAAGUACGAGGCAUUGCUGUGUGCUAUUCACACACAUUUUGUAUUUACAAUAGGUCACAUUGUUAUAGUGAGGUUUUGAAAUCUAAUAACUGUAGGGGUGGAAGACUUCUGUCUGCCUAAUACACCCCUUGUUCCGUGAAGUCGUGGGUGGAAGGGGGAGAGCAGUUACAGCUAAGUCCAAUGGCUGUUCCUAAUUCCAGGUCAUGUGUCUUUAAGUUAUGGGUGUUUGGUGUGUCUCUUGGCCCUUCUGCGUGUGGACAGGGAGAGGGUUGCGGUGAUUGCGAGGUCCCUCUGUGGGUACCCCUUCUAGGACUAGGUCCGCUCUCUUUUUUAUCCCUGAUUGUAGCUGUUGGUGUGCACCCAUGUGUGUAGUGCUCCAGGCGUCAAAAGGUGUCUUUUUUGUCCUAGUGGUAGCUGCGGGUGGUUCCUGGUCAGUGUAGCAACUAUGGAUUUUGUGUGUAGGUAUAUAGAAGUCGUUGUAGUGUGCCCUGAUCAAGUUGUGCCCUUGGGGCUUUAGGCUAGAUAUAUAAGACAUUGCGGUGAGCUUGAUACCAGUCAGGGUUACUAUGUCGCCCUUGAUGUCAGUUCCCUUUAACCCCAGGGAGGGGGAGGUGGGGUGCCGUCGGAGCUGGUGUGGUUGGCUCUGGUGGGCCGUUUUCGCACUGUAAUAGCCGUCAGAGAGAGAGAGAACUAUAUAUAACUUAAUGAACAGUCUUAUUAACUCAAAAUAUUUAAACUAAUUAGACUAAAGCCUAAGAGGCCGUCGGUAAGGCAGUUCGUUCAGGUUUUGGUUUUCGGGCCCCUGCUUGUUCCUGGGGUUGCGGUUGAAUCUGUGCUCGUUGUCCCUGGCCGAUGAUCUAGCUGUGUCGCUGAGGUCGCUGCGAGGUUCGAUAUUCCUAGUGCGGUCAUCAGUGCUGGGCCCUCCGUGUGGUCAGUGGCCCUGUAGUGCUUGUCAUCUUUAGUGAUCCAGAGAGUUCCUGGGGUUGCCCAUCUAUAGGCAUCUCCUGCGGCUUGGAGUUGUUUGGUGAUUGGGUGCAUACUUUUGCGCCAUAAUAGUGUGGCCCUGCUAAAGUCCUGAAAGAAAGAGAGUUUGCUUUCUUCAAAGUCAAGAGGGGUCUUCCCUUGUAUAGCUGCCAUUAGCCUCAGUUUGUCCGACAUUGAUUGGCAUCUCAAUAUUAUGUCCCGUGGGGCUGAGGUGGAUGCUUGUGGGGAUUUGGCUAAAUGUAAACCCCAUCGAACUGGAAUGUUUUGGUUUGUCUUGUCGGUAGGAGUGUGGCCACAAGGUGUCUGGUGAAGUGUGGAAAUUCUUCCAGCGGUAUUGACUCAGGUACCCCUCGAAUUUUGCCUGGACAUUGUCGUUUGUGAGGCUUGGAGGUGUCGCACCUUCUCACCCAGUUCCUGGUAGUUCUCCCUUAGUCCCUUUACCUCCUCUUCUAUCGUCUGCGUGCGCGUGGACACUGCGUGCACGUCUAGCUUAAGCAAUGCCAGAUCCGCUUCCCACAUUUGUCUCAGGUUCUGUUGCAGGCCUGUCAGCAUUGCCUGUAUAUCUUGUUUUGAGGCCGGUGCGCUGGCUUCUGGUGUCCACGUGUGUGGGGCGUGUUGGGGACUAGGGUAUGGUCUGUCUAGCGGUUCUCCCUCCUCUGAUGGUACCGGGAUGUUUCGCGGGGGGUCUGUGCCUUCACUGCGCUUGGGGCCUGUAGCAUUGCCCAUGUCGCGCUGCGGUUUUGGGGUGUUUUGGGGCGGUUUUUGCGUUCUGCUCCCCAUCUCACCUGAGCUAUGUGUGCUGGGGUACCAGUGUUCUCCCGUGAUGGACUGAGGCUGCCUCCCCGACAUCAGGAAAAAAGGCAUCGGCGGUCACAGUGGGGUUCCCUGCGGUCUGUGGCUGGAUGUGUGGCCGGGAUUUGUGCGGGAUGCCUCCGAUGUUGCCGGAUUGCAGUGGAAUACCUAGAAAACGUUUUUCAAACUGAUUGUGAUUAUUUGAAAAGUUUAUUAAGAAGAAUUGAAAAGAGGUCUAUUAUCGUAUUGUGUAGAUGGCAAGAAUGUAAACGCUGCAUUCUGGGUUCACACACUGAACGUUGUCUUAAUUCUAUGUCAUUUUCAGCCAAUAGUCUAAAGAUUGAGCAGAUUACUGUAGAUAAAAGUCUAUUGAUGGGCCAUCAAAGUAAAUACCUCCCUUACCAAAGCCUGGAGGCUAGCAAAGGAUCAUUGGCGGAGUGGUUUUACAACAGCUGUGGAUCCUCCCUUUUAACCUUUUAUAUGAUAAACGGGCCACACCUAGCUCUGAGAUCAUUCAUAUUUUAUUAAUACAAACGUACAGAUAUACAUUUUAUAGCAGCAAAAAUUGUAUAUGUUUCUCCCUUAAAGGACCACUAUGGGCACCCAGACCACUUCAGCUCAACAAAGUGGUUUGAAUGCCAGGUCCCUCUAGUGUUAACCCUGCAGCUGAAAACAUAGCAGUUUCAUUGUGAUUUUCACAAUGAGAACACGGUGGACGUCCAUAGGAAAGCAUUGAGUAAUGCUUUCCUAUGGGCAGUUUGAGUGCGCGCGCGGCUCUUGCCGCGCAUGCGAAUUCGGUGCUGACGUCGGCAGGAGGAGAGUUCCCCAGUGCCGAGUUAGCCCGGUGUUGGAGAAAGGAAAGUGGAUGAAGGGGCACCUAAAGACCCUAUAGUGCCAGGAAAACAAGUUUGUUUUCCUGGCACUAUAGUGGUCCUUUUAAAGGGACAUUAUAAUCACCAAAAUAACUUUAGCUUAAUGAAGCAGUGAUGGCGUAUAGAUUGUGCCCCUGCAGUCUCACUACCUCAUUCUCUGCUGUUUACUAAUUAAAUCAUUUUUUUUUUCUGUUUAUGCAGUCAUAACCAUGACAUUUCUUUAUGUUUCAUUAUGUUUAAAAGAACACUAUAGGGUCAGGAAUGCAAAUGUGUAUUCCCAAACCCUAUAGUGUUAAAAACCCGUAAAUCGUGUUUAAUCCUACCUUUUUCCAGUGCUUCGCAGGUCAGCCUGUGUGGCUCCGCUCCAUCUGUCUCCUUGGCUGACAUGAUCAGAAUUGACUAUUUCAGCCAAUCCGGUGCUUUCCCAUAGGAAUGCAUUGGGAGGCUAAUGCGCUCGCUCGGCAAAACACUGCUCUGGACAAUCACCAUAUCCACAUAGAGAUGCAUCGAAUCAAUGCAUCUCUGUGAGGAAUGUUCAGUGGAAUGCUGGUACUGCACAGUGUGCAACACUGACCCAAAAAGCACCUGCAGUGGCCAUUUGAGUGACUGCCACUGGAGGUGUCCCUAGGCAGCAAUGUAAACACUGCCUUUUUUUCUGAAAAGGCAGUGUUUACAUUAAAAUACCUGCAAGGACAUACUAUACUCACCAGAACAACUAAUUAAGCUGUAGUUUUGUGGCUUAGAAUAUCUCUUAAAUUGAGAAUCCACCAAAUUCUAAUACAAUGUCUCUUUUUCCCCUGUUGAACAGUCACUUUGGAUUUUAUGAUGAGAACGAGACCAUCCUGGAGAUGAAAGCACAAAUGGUUCGUAAUAUUCUAAAAUAAUGGCUCACAAUCUGCUCCCUCUCCCUGUGACUCCCUCCCACUAUACAUCGACUGGAUUCUUACUCCUUUCUCUUCUGUCCGCUAGGUUUACCAGAAGGACACCUUCGGACUCCAAACACUGGAUUUCCGAGGAGCUAUUACCAUGUACUGUGUUCCUGGCGUCUUGCACACCAUGUGGCACUCUAAUGAAACGGUGUUCAACGAGUGCAUUGAAAAAUGGCUCACCUAAGAGCUUCUGGGUAAAUGUACAGCAGUCAUGCUCUCAAUGUGCCCUACAUUCUACUCCCAGUACUUUGUAACAUGACAGAUGUUCCUUUCCACUCUUACAUGAGCUGUACCCCCCAUCUCCUGUGAAGUGCUCUGUGUUAUGCCUCCUCUCCCCGCACCUUGACCCUGGUGCUGUUGUCUACAUCUGUGCCUCUAUGCCUUGGCACAGUCUGUCAUUUUCCGGCCUGACCUGGGACGUACCUGAAAUAUUCAACUCUGAAGAGGAAACUUCAGGGCUUUUAAUCCCUAAAAUGACAUUUUAUGGAAUAUGAAAAAGUAAAACAAGGUAUUGGAAAGGGGGAUGAUGACUUUUGGAUAAGUCUGCACAAUGAGGUAGCUUUGUUUUAAGUAAUAUUUUCCACCUUUUUGGGAUUUUCUACCUCUGCGUCUCAAACAUCCUUUCCAGAGAAAUGAAAGGAAGAGAUAGGAUUUAAAAGGGGGUACCUUAGAGUCAAACAACAUAGUAGUGUGGGCCAGGAAGUCGUCUAGAUGCUAUUUAGUUCUUACUCCACAUUCGUUUCAAUUGGAGGUGUCCUAAUAUUUUAAUAAUGAUUUUAAUCCCCCUGGUACGCCAGCUCUUUCCUGAAGGGGGGUGUGAAUUCUCCCCUGUCUGCUGCAAUAGAGGCCCUAACAAUGCAAUUGCCCUCCCAGGUACAGGUUAGUGAGGCGGGAGGGCUGGUAGUGAAUUUUUUAUUAAACCUUUUUAGGGAUAUUUAUCUAUUUGUAAUGAUGUCAGUCAUUCUUCGAAGGCACAAGGGAUCACGCUAACUGAUUUGAAGAAUAGUAUUCGCUGUGUUCAGUCAGAGAGAACCUCAUGUUUACAACCCGGUAUAUCAUUCUUAUAAUACUGGUUAUGAUUUUUUAUUUGUGUAUGUUGUGUUGAAUAAAACAUUUCUGCAUUAACGCUCCACAAGUGUUUUUUAAUCAGGACUGCUCACAAAUUCAUGGAAAUACA